GGGACGCCGUGUAGGAAGGCGGAUGGUGUGUUUUGUAGUUUCAAUGCCGGGAUUUGCAGAAGAGCGUCGUAUUGAAGCAGACCCAGUAUAUUAACCAAGGAUCGUGACCUGGUACCGGGCCACGGAAGCCUCACUACCGAGUCACAAGAAAAGCCAAAGCUAGCCCCACCCCAUCUCUGUGUUGUGCAGAGAGGAGCUGGGCUGCCUCUCCUUCCUUCUCCCUUGCUCCCAGUGUUUGAGAGAAAAGCUGGCAUCCAUUGGCACUUUAGACCCAGGAAGUGUUCUUCAAGGAACUGCUACUUGUUUCUACAUAAAGGCACAGUUCUGAGUCCUUUCUAUCAUUUUAUUACUUUCUGCUCCAGAGCACCAUUUCUGAUGCUCUGAACAACAGUUCCAGUGAGAGGACAUGGUUUCCUGGGGCUGGAGAUGGCAGAUACACUGGUGUGGUAAAUAUGUCUUCAGAAACGUAUCAGGGCAAAAGAAUCGAAGCCACCAUUUGCCUUGGAGGGGGUUUCACCGGAGGACUUCAGGGAGCCUCCUUGAUCCAGAGACACGGAAGUUUCUGGAAGAGAACACUGAAAUCACCAACAGCGGGAAUCUGACACCGGAAAUAAAGUUACGGCUGCUGACCCCUCGCUGCCCAUUCUGGAAGAAAAAGGCUGCCUUGUGGCCAUAUAAAGAACCCUACUGGGCAAUCUACUGGCCUGGAGGCCAAGGACUAUCCAGAUAUCUUCUCGAUAACCCCAGCAUUGUCCAAAUGAAGAAAGUUCUAGAUCUCGGAAGUGGCUGUGGAGCAACAGCCAUAGCAGCUGUGAUGGGUGGUGCAGCCGACGUUGUCGCCAACGACAUCGACCCUAUUGCAGGAGCAGCCUUAACAAUGAACUGCGAAUUGAACAACUUGAAUCCCUUCCCUUUUCUAACGGACAACCUGAUUGGUUUGGAAGUUGGCAGCUGGGAUGUCAUUGUCCUGGGGGACAUGUUUUACAGUGAAGAGCUUGCAGACAGCCUUCAUCAGUGGCUGAAGAAAUGCAUUCAUGCACAUGGGACCAAAGUGCUAAUUGGGGACCCUGGCAGGCCUCACUUUGUGAGCCACCAAAUUCAGGGUCAGUUGCACAAACUCACCGAGUAUGCUCUCCCAGAACUGACCCAGCAAGACAACAAUGGGUCCACCAGCACUACAGUUUGGAAUUACCAGCCUUGACUUCCGGUGGCCCCCAAUUGCUGGAUGACAUUGUGCAACUCAAGCCAUGUUGUUUUGUUUCUGGCACAUCCAGAGUUGGGCUGAAGCCAGUAUAGAAUCAUUCUACUGUGACUCAUAAGGCUUAUAUAACUCUGUGGAAAACAAAUGUGUGUGUGCCAAAAUGUAACAUAUGUUUUCAUGAAGACCCAGUGAAAAUAAUCAUUGCUCUGGUUUUCUAAAUCUAAGCUGGCCUAAUAAAAAAGUGUUAUUAUUUUGAGGUCAA